AUGUCCAAUGCAGUUGCCACUGAGUCGACACCCUACGUCGGAAACCAUGGAGAUCCACCACGCUCAGAAUCGUCCAUGAACGGAUUGGUCUCUGGUGCAGUGUCGGAGCCAGGGUACCAGAAUUUGGAUGACGCCAUCACGGGGGCGAGCCAUUGGUCUUCUCCAGUGGAUGAAGCCGGCGAUGUUGUAACGGCCAUAUGGGAGGACGAUUCCCAAGUGACGCAGUGUCCAACGUGUAAGCUGAAGUUCAACUUUUUUAAUCGCAAGCACCACUGUCGGAAAUGUGGGAGAAUCUAUUGCAGUGCAUGUUGUGGGAACUACUGUACUUAUAUACCAGGUAGCACUGUCGUUGAGCCCGAGGAAGAUGGGGGCAACCAACGGGUCACGUGGGCGUUACGGCACGUUGAGUUCAGAACGUGCAAUGUGUGUUUUAAAGAGAUCAAGAUGUUGAAGGAGGCGCUAGGUUUGACAGAAGCUGGGAAUGACAGUAUAAAUGAAAACUACAACGAUAACUACAACGACGGUGACGGUGACGGUGACGGUGAUAGUGAUGGCGAUGGAAGGGGGGUCAGUAUUAUACGGAACGAUGGGAGCUACAUGCGUACUGAGGGCAACACGAACCGAGAGCUCAGUCCACCAGAGAGGGUCUCUUAUGAUGAUACACAAACGCAGGAGUGUUCGAGUAUAGUGAAGACAGUCAUACCCUGCGAAGACACGAUUGAGAGAAGUGACUCUGUCGAAGACAUCAACGACCGAGACAGAUGUCCGAUCUGUGGAGAGUGUCUGAAGGAUCAAGAGGAAGCCCAGCGUGAGGAACAUGUGAGACUUUGCAUACAAGAACAGGAGUUUGGGUCACCACAGCACCACGAGGGAGCUCUGAAACGACAUGUCAACAGGAUGCUUAUCUCGUACAUCCCCAAGGACGCAGACUUUGCGAUGGUCUCCGUCAACGAGGACAACGAGUGUGUCAUUUGUCUUGACGAGUUCCAUCCGGGCGACAAGGUUGCCCGUCUCGAGUGUCUCUGCUGUUUCCACUACGACUGCAUCACCGACUGGACCCGCAAGAAGGGCUACUGUGAGUGUCCCAUUCAUUCGCUCACUGUCGAGUGA